AUGCUGGAAGUAUCGGGAGACUUCCUUCUGGUCGGCGGCCUUUUCGCCGUCGUCUUGAGCUUCAUUGCCUGUUUUAUCUACCUGGGCAUCUCUCGCGAAGAAUCUGUCGAUUCCAAGGUACUAGUUGAUCUUUUUAAUUUUUUGAAUUUAACUCUUAUUCAAUAUUUAAUCAAGAUUUUUUCCAGCUCGAAGGAAGCGAUGUUUCAUCGAUAGAUAACCAAGUUUCAUACAAAAGUCCACGAAGUUUAAUUAUUUGUCUCGAUUUUUUGAACAAUCCAAACUUCAGCUGACUCGGAGAGUAGCGCCGCCGUCUUUUCACAAAAUCAGUCCAUUCGGAGUUCGAGAAAAAGUCAACGGAAUUCGGAAGAGACGGAAGUUUCCGAGAAGCCGCGCGACACGAAGACGUCCCGAUCCGUUGCCAUUGACAUCCCUGAGGUACCAGAAUACAUAGUCGCAUCUGGAAUGGCUCAAAAUGUCGCGGUCGCGUUGCAGUAUUUUUGAUGUUUUCCUAUACCUCUUGGCGCGAGUCGCUUCGGGUCGGUUACGGUUUAUAGUCAGAUCAAAUAGUUUCAUAAUCGUAUGAGAGGUCGAAAAGUGGUCGAUUUUUGAAUGAAUUUGAAGAUUUUCUGAGAUUCUGACACGUAAAACUCAUUUUCAGACGUCGCAGGUGUUGACGGACAGGUCGCGACGUCAUCAAAACUCGUGGAGCGAGUACAAGACGACGACGCCGGCGACUUCUCACGCGCAACACGCCAAAUAUUCUCAACCAAGCUCUUUUCGUUCAAGUUUAAUCAUUAAUCUUUUUUUUUGGCUUUUUGCGGUCGCAAUGCAGCUUUUGGCGGGAUCAAAAGACAAAAUUUUUGGAAAACUAAAAACUAUCGAAUUAAAUUUCCCGAGUGGGCCUCUUUCAACUCUGAAAAAAGAACUUCAUCAUUUUUUUAAUAAAAAAUCAUGUUCUUCCGGAAACUCUUAAUCCAUUCAAUUCAGUGACGGAUACGGUGGUGGAGCCAAAACGAUCGGAAAAUCCUAUCGCGAGCGCUGGAAAAGAUCGAUCGGUAUCCAGAAAAUUAAUAAAAACCUGCCCAAAAUAUAUUCAUUCAGAGCGACACUUCGAGCUUCUCAAAAGAACAUCUGGACGCUCCGAAGCGAAGCACGACGACAGUCACAGAGCCGGCGAAAGCUCCGAGAUUUUCUGCGCCUUCUAAACCGCUUCCGGAAAUGCUGAAGCAAAAGAGCACGGUUUGUAAUCUUCAGUUCAGUUGGAAUAAUGAAAAAAAACCAAAAAAAAAAUCAAACAUUCCGAUUAGCGAUGGAGCGAAGAUUCACCUGAAACAACUUUUUUCAGGAUUUUAUUUUUGAUUUUGAAAAUCCUCAGACCCUCGCUCUGUAACUUGAAAGCGUAAAAUCAUGAUAUUUUUGCUUUAAAAACAUAUGUUCCACUUUUCUUUUAGUAAAUUUCUGUCCAUGCUCCUUUAAAUUCCUGAACCAUAUUGAAAUUUUCCGAAUUUUGAAUUUUAGAGCUCGGCCUGUACUUCCGCCUCUGGAGAAUCGGUAUAUUAUUCCAGAUUCAAAAAAUAUCCUUUUCUCUCGAAAUUUCAGUGUUUUCCGGAUCAAACUACCAGCAGCUUGACGGCGAUGCGCAGUGAAAUGUUCGAUUUUCAUGGAGAAAGUGAUUUUUGAACUUUUCCUAUUUUUGGUUAAGUUUGAAUAUUUUUCAGAAGCCGGUCACACUCCUCCUAGAAGCCCCAUUCACAGCCUUUGA